AACUCUCUUGUAUCUCUCUCAGCUGCUUCUUCUUGUUCUUCUUCUGUUCGUGUCUUCUCUUUUUCACCUCCAGCCAUAGGAUUCUCAAAUCUAGUUACACAGCUAGCAGGAUGAGUGAUGAUGUUUUUGAUGGACAAAUGUUGGCAGACAAGCUUUCUAAACUUAACAGUUCUCAACAAAGUAUAGAGUCUUUAUCCCGUUCAUGCAUUUCACAUAAAAAGAAAGCCAAACAGAUUGUUGAAAUAUGGCAUAAGUCAUUCAAAACUGCUCAGCGGGAUCAGCAAGUUUCUUUUUUGUAUUUGGCCAACGACAUUUUGCAAAAUAGCAGGCGGAAGGGAAGCAGUGAGUUUGUGAAUGAAUUUUGGAAGGUCGUGCCAUCAGCCCUCAAGCAUGUUAAUGAACAUGGUGGUGAAAAUGGAAAGACAGCAGCAUCAAGACUGGUUGACAUAUGGCACAAGAGGAGGGUAUUUGGAUCCUGGGGUCAGAACUUGAAAGACGAAGUGCUUGGUAAAAGUCCGCUCCCUCAGUUGCCUACUAAUGGAAAGACUUCUAACCCUAUCAAGAUAGCUAAGAGGGAUGCCAGCUCGCUGAGACUCAAAUUGGCUGUUGGAUGUAUCCCAGAAAAGAUAAUAACUGCAUUCCAUUCGUUACAUGAUGAAAAUGCUAGUGAAGAUACAGCUUUAAACAACUGUGAAGGUGCACUUCGGCGAUUUGGAGAUUUGGAGAGAGAUAUUGCAAGUCAAGGAGUUUUACCAGGAUCUUCGUUACUAGAUGAACUACAGGAGCAAGAAAAUGUACUUCAAGAUUGUGUCAAUCAACUUGAAACUGCUGAAAGGACUAGAACCUCAUUGGUUUCACAGCUUAAAGAAGCACUCCAGGAUCAAGAAUCGAAACUGGAUGUUAUUCAAAGUCAGUUGAAGGUUGCUCGGCAUCAAAUUGAUCAUGCUGUAAAUUUGAGGAAGAAAGUGGUAUCACCAUCUCUUCCAAGUGAAGCAGCAAGUGUUGAUAACCCUGCAUCAGCUCAGUCAGUUCCUACUGGAACAGCUCAGUCAGUUCCUACUGGAACUACUACUCAUGCUACUGAAGAAGAAAACAAGAAGGCAGCUGCAGCUGCUAUGGCUGCAAAACUUGCUGCUUCAACAUCCUCUGCACAAAUGCUUUCAUCGGUUCUCUCGUCUUUAGUCGCAGAGGAAGCUGCUUCCGUUGGUAACGGAUUUAAUUCAUCUGGAUUCACUUCCAGUUCAUCCGCAUUUCCUCCUGAAAAAAGACCCAAAUUAGAAACACCCACAUCAAUACCAGAUUUAACCAAUUCAGAUGUUAGUUCAGGUUAUUUUACUAGUAUUCAAACAUCAUUUCCACCUCCCCCACAAUCCAUCGGUGGUACUAGCUCUCCUGCAAAUCAAUUUGCUCAAUCUUCUGGUUUAAUGAUGGGCGGGAUGCCAUAUCCAUACGUUGCUAGCAGCCUACCUCCACCACCACCUAUGCCACAACAUAUGGCAAUGGGAAUGAUGAGGCCCACCAAUCAACCUCCUCAGCAGCAGCAGCAGCAGCAGCAGCAGCAGCAACAGGCUCAUCCACAACAACCUUCAAAUGGUGGGUACUACAGGCCGCCAGGUAUUGGCUUUUAUGGGCAAAACCAUCAGCCUUCACCACCGCCUGUGCCUCGUCAGUAAACUUAUUUGUUGUUUUGUAUAUUAAUAGGAAUCUAGACAUAAAUGAGCCGUUAAUACUAGAUGUUCAUUUCACCCUUACUUGCAUGUGCUUCUAUGUUACAUUAUUUUGUUAAUUAUUGGGUGAGAUAUAACUGCAAGUAAAUUUAACAAGUCGACUGUGGCUUAUAAGGAUGUAUGUCUUAAAAGUUCUAUGCUGUUUGUCUCAUAGAAGCUGGGGCCUCCAUUGUAUGUUU